CAUUCUCGGAACGGUUCAUUGGUGGAUCCUUGUUGCUAUCUGGAGUUGGAGAACUGCGCUUACAUUGAACCGGGUGGGGGCUGGGUAGUUCAAGAUGCCACUUGUGACAAUGAGAGAGAAACUUAUCCCUUGUGCUCAAAAGCUCCAAUAGAUGGUAUCUGCGAUAAUCCCUACGUGUUGGUGGGCACGCAAUGCGUACACAUCAUUCCGUCCGUUUACCACUGGCUGGAUGCGCGUUCUCAGUGCGCGCUGAUCGGUGGAGAUUUAAUCACCCUGAAGGACUGCGACCAAUACCACAGAGUGUACCUCUACCUCGACGAGCAAAGUCACGACCCUCUCGGAUACUGGAUUGGCGCCUCUGACGAAGUGCUGGAGGGGCAAUGGCGCUGGAUUGACGGUUCGUCCAUGUCCUUGGGGCUUCCGUACUGGGGGACG